UUUUCUGACAAUACCCAUAUCUUCUUUCCUGGGAAAAUAGGAUCGGAAGAGAAGAACAAUUUAUUUUUUUAAUUUUUAUUUUUUUUUUAAAUUUCUGACUGAGAAGACUGUUGUGAAGCUCUUCCUUUUUAGCGUCUCAAAAUUGUGGCACCGAUGGAUCUUAAAAAGUGUUAGAUCUUUCCAAUGAACACUCAUAGAGUGCUCUGCUCUUGGCUGGAUUUUUUCAGAGAAUGGCCAUGGUCUCUGCGAUGUCCUGGGUCCUGUACUUGUGGAUAAGUGCCUGUGCCAUGCUGCUCUGCCAUGGGUCCCUUCAGCACACCUUCCAGCAGCACCACCUACACAGACCAGAAGGAGGGACCUGCGAAGUGAUCGCCGCGCACAGGUGCUGCAACAAGAACCGCAUCGAGGAGCGAUCGCAGACCGUCAAGUGCUCCUGCCUGCCCGGGAAGGUGGCGGGGACCACGAGGAACAGGCCCUCCUGCGUGGACGCCUCCAUAGUGAUCGGGAAGUGGUGGUGUGAGAUGGAGCCCUGCCUGGAGGGAGAGGAGUGCAAGACACUCCCCGACAACUCGGGAUGGAUGUGCGCCACAGGCAACAAGAUCAAGACCACAAGGAUUCACCCAAGAACCUAACAGAAGCCUUCGUGGUCGAGACGGGAAACCGAGCUGGGGAACACGCAUCUGAGAAUCGACACGUCCUACACACUCACGAGCCAAAUGGAGCUCCUCCGCGCACUCUGGCGGGCAGAGAGGGGCGGUGCGCGGUGGAGCGUCCCUAGCCAGGGGACUGUGCCCUGGCAGCGCGGUGGAGAGCGCUUUGGAAAGGCCUCCUCCGCCCAGCGUUCCCAGAUCAGGAAGAAUGGCCGCCGCCUCUCUCCCGGCUUGGAUCUCCAGUGACUUUGUACCAUUUGAAACAUAGGUGUACAUAGAUAUAUGAUAUUUUGAAAUAUUCUAUAUUCUCUUGGAGAAAGGAGCAGUACCCCGUGUGCGACGGCCCUGUGCCGAGUCCCCCAGGUCUGUCGAUUCUGUGUGGUCUGUGGUUUCUUUUUUCCACUGGUGAGGAAGACGUGCCCUUUUCCAGGAUCCAGCGUAGCAGUGACCCUGGGAGGCGGCUGCAGGUGGACUCCGGGAGUCCGAGGCUCGAGGCCGCCCUGAGUUGGAGGCCCCCCUCCCGCUUCUGCCGGACGGCCCAGGCCGCGCAGCGCCCUGUCCUCUUGCCCUCCGCCCUGUGCAAUCUUAGCAUGCAAGCUUGGCGUCCAUAACCUAUUUAUAUCCAGCUGACGUAUGAUAACCAUUCUAACCGCUCCAGGAGCCCGUUUCCAGAACUACUAGCUUUUCCACUGACGGGAAACGGAGGACUCUCGCGGGAGCUGCUCCACCUGCUGUGAAAACUGGCAGAGUGCGGGCAGGACAUAGAGCCCUGGACUCACAGGUCCCGUACUACAGCGUCCCGGGGGCUUCCUGUCGCUGUCCAGCCUGCAGGAGCGCCCUGUGGUCCCACCCGCGGUCCGGCAUCGCGGACCACCGGGGCCGUGGCGGCAGGCUGCACUGGGCGCUGUGUCUGUCAGGGUGGCUUUUCCCUGGAGUGUCCAGACCUCCUCUGCGGGCGAGGUGGGAGGGCUGCGUGCGAACAGCUGGGCCCCUGAGUGACCUGUGUGACCAGUGCUGGGCAGCCCAAUUAAAGUGGUAGAGAACUUCUUUCUA